ACCGGGGCGAGCCGGGCGCCCGCGCGGCGGGGACGGCCCGCGCCCAACAUGCGGAGGCCGGCGCCGACGGCGCGGGAGCGGGGGCCCAAGCGGGCGCCAGAGCCGGAGCGCGAACAAGGUCCGGAGCGGGGUCCCGCGCCGCGCUGCUAAGGGAGCCCGGGCCGCCCAGCCCGGCCGCCCGGCCGCGGGGCCACAGCCACAGCCACGGCGGAGGCCGUCAGCCAAGCACCACGAGAUUUGAGCCUUUGGGACCUGUCAGCAGCAUGUGUCCUCCCCUGUUGUGCGACCCCAGGGCCACCGAGAUGAGUGCCAUGGCCGGGUCCUCCCAAGCGCCCGCGUCUCACUAGCAGGGGCCCGCCGGGCGCCAUGGUGUGCUAGCCCCGAGAGCCGCCGCGACCGCAGGUCUCCGUGGAGCCGGGAUUUGCACGGCAGCAGAGUCACCGUGGAGAGGCCAGGGUACCACAAACUUAUGGAUUUUGACAAGAAAGGAGGGAAAGGGGAGUCGGAGGAGGGCCGGAGAAUGUCCAAGGCCGGCGGCCGGACCAGCCACGGCGUCCGGAGCUCAGGAACCAGCUCAGGGGUCCUGAUGGUGGGCCCCAACUUCCGGGUUGGGAAGAAGAUAGGCUGUGGCAACUUCGGGGAACUCCGGCUAGGAAAGAAUCUCUAUACAAAUGAAUACGUAGCUAUCAAAUUGGAGCCCAUCAAGUCCCGGGCGCCGCAGCUGCACCUGGAGUACCGCUUCUACAAGCAGCUCAGUGCCGCAGAGGGCGUCCCUCAGGUCUACUACUUUGGCCCAUGUGGGAAGUACAAUGCCAUGGUGCUGGAGCUGCUCGGGCCUAGCCUGGAGGACCUGUUCGACUUGUGUGACCGCACGUUCACGCUCAAGACGGUGCUCAUGAUCGCCAUCCAGCUGAUCACGCGCAUGGAGUACGUGCACACCAAGAGCCUCAUCUACCGCGACGUGAAGCCCGAGAACUUCCUGGUGGGGCGGCCGGGCACCAAGCGGCAGCACGCCAUCCACAUCAUCGACUUCGGCCUGGCCAAGGAGUACAUCGACCCCGAGACCAAGAAGCACAUCCCGUACCGCGAGCACAAGAGCCUGACGGGCACGGCGCGCUACAUGAGCAUCAACACGCACCUGGGCAAGGAGCAGAGCCGCCGUGAUGACCUGGAGGCGCUGGGCCACAUGUUCAUGUACUUCCUGCGUGGCAGCCUGCCCUGGCAGGGGCUCAAGGCAGACACGCUCAAGGAGCGCUACCAGAAGAUCGGGGACACCAAGCGGGCCACGCCCAUUGAGGUGCUCUGUGAGAGCUUCCCAGAGGAGAUGGCCACUUACCUGCGCUAUGUGCGGCGCCUGGACUUCUUUGAGAAGCCGGACUACGACUACCUGCGCAAACUCUUCACCGACCUCUUUGACCGCAGUGGCUUCGUGUUUGACUAUGAGUACGACUGGGCCGGGAAACCCCUGCCCACGCCCAUCGGCACGGUCCACACCGACCUGCCUUCGCAGCCUCAGGCUCGGGAGAAAGCCCUGCUUCAUAGCAAAAACCAGGCACUGAACUCCACCAAUGGGGAGCUGAAUGCCGAUGACCCCACCGCCGGCCACUCCAACGCACCCAUCACAGCCCCCGCAGAGGUGGAGGUGGCUGAUGACACCAAGUGCUGCUGUUUCUUCAAGAGGAGAAAGAGAAAAUCGCUGCAGCGACACAAGUGACCCUGGGCUGGUGGCCUCUGAAUCCUCUCACUGCAGCCCCUCGGGGCCAGCUUAUCCACGGCCGUGUGGCCACAGCCGGAUGCAGACUGCAGGCCCGGCAGAGUUGCCGCCCCCCCCACGUGGGGUCACUUCUUUCACAUAAGACUUUGGUCGAGAUUUUUACACCUGUGUCUAGUCCUUCCCUCCAAGAGCAUUAACUAUUUAAAACAAGGAACAGAGAAAACCAGAGCGGCCGCCCUGCCCUGCGCCCGCCUGUGUCCACUGAGUGAGUAGUGCGGCCCUGCCAUCCAGCCUGCCGCCCCAUUAGUGUCAUAAAGUGCAGCUUGUCUCCCUCGAUCCAAAGGCCGUUUUCUCGAGGGGGCGCUGUGGGGCGUUGCUGCUGGGGGUGAGUCUCCCCUGGGCCUCCCCAAACCAAAGGGGAAGGUGGGGAGGGGAUGGCCCCCAACCAAAAUGCUGCACCAAAGCCUGGGCCGGCGGGCACGGUCCGAGGGAUGUCCUGCCGACCUGCUCACGAAGCCGUGGGACUGGAACUGGGGGCAGCCACCUCGUGGCCUGUGGGCGGCACAGGCACGCAGGCUCCUUGUGUCCGCUCUGUGCUGCCAACCAAGCGGUGGAGACAAGCGCCUUAAAGCCUGUCCCAGCCCCGCAGGUGCGUGUGGAGUGGGCAGCUCCAUGGGUGUGGUCCUCUGGGGGCCCAGGUGCUGCACAGGCAGAGCAGCUGGGGGCUUCCCCAUGGUGUGUGCGUCUAGGUCUUGCUUUAAAAAGUGUACAGAAAUGGCACUUCCGUUUCUCCGAUGCUUCCUGGAAGCCAUAGAACUUAGGGGCUUUUUUAAAAAAAUAAAGGAAAAUGAAACCA